AUGAAGAAUGGGCGUACGUUGAAUGAAGCUCGAAUCGAGGUCUGGAUCUUCCAGCACCUUGAAGACUUGGUCUAUGAGCAUACGUUCGUGGGCACGGUAUUACAAAUCAUGAAGACUCGAAAAGGACAAAGCGGCGCCGAGAAGUGGGAGCCGGCGGCCGCCGAUGUGGUCCGUCGAGGGAGGGGAAAUCGAUAUCUCGACAUGGGCUUUGUCGACGCUUUAGAACAAUGA